UCUCCUGGGCUCUCCUGGCGUCGCGGCGCCCGUCGUUCGACGGCGGAUCCGUCGGAUCAAGACUCGUCCAAGCUCCUUUCAAUCCGGCUUCCGGUUCCGGGCGUUGCGUCGCGUCGCGUUCAGCCGAUCGAAUCAAAUUUCGAAAGUCGAAAAUACUCGGCAGUAGCGAUCCGCAGAGCGAUUAAUGAGUCAGUUUUGGUUGGCUCGUGUCUCGCAGGAAGCGAACAGCUGUUCGUAGUGCGAGUAUCGGGCCACGCGUCAUUCAUAGACUGGGCGUCGGUAAGCAGUGUCCUACCUUACCGAUCGGCCCGGGUUUCCCCGUUUCUUGGCGUUCUUCGUUUGUUUCUCGAUCGAAAUAAUAUGUCCGUCAUCGUUGAUCGGCUCCGUAGCAUCAUGCAGAGCAAAAACUCUCGCCCGGCAAACACUGAGAAAGAGAUCAAGGGAUACCGAGUGACCAACGCCGAUCGAACUCGGAGAUUUGGAGUCGCCUGUAGGGAUUUUCAAGAGCUUAAACGCAAAGCCUGCGCAAAGUUCAACAUUUUAAACCCCGAUGAGCGGGACAAAGUGACGAUUUAUCUCGUCGACGGAUCGAUAAUCGACGACGAAUAUUUCCACACGGUUGAACCGCAGACUACUUUGAUAUUGCAGCGACACGGAGAGAAGUUUUUGUCAGACGCUGAAAUAUUCUACAACACGCUGCGUCAAGUCAAUCUCGAGUUCAUAACGACAGGCGAUGCGAUAUCGAGCUUUCUGACCGAGAAUCUAAAGUCGAAAAUCGCCGUUUUGAACAAAGCUCUGAACAAGGAUGACGAAAAGACGAGACUCAGUUCGAGAGAGGAUCACCCCGAGUGGUUUAAAAAUUUGGAGACGACGGCGACGACGAAGGAGGCCUACAUGCACCGCAGAUGCCAGGACAGGAUCCGGUGUUACUUGUACAAAACGAUCGAUCAAAUAAAGAGUUCGGACGUAUAUGCGAAGAACGAAUCAGCGAAGCGUCGUCUGUUGCACGCAAUCACGUAUUUCAAGCUCCAAUUGAAGGAGGAUCACUGUUUUGGUUUUUACUUUGACCGAAGCUGCGCAAGAGGGGUUAAAAACCGGUCAAAGAUCGGCAGACCGAUUGCCGAUAAGGAAGAAGAGGAAGAAGAAGAAGCAGAAAAAACUGCAAAUUUGAGUUCAGACGAGACGGAUUUCGGCGCCUCGAUUUUCUCAUGCCACCAUCUUCAUUGUCCGUGCAAAAUCGGCGCCGCCUCUGCAGGUUUCUGGUCGCUAUGGAAGAGCGACCGAUUUCUCGCCGAGUUUUUCCCCGAGGAAGACGAAACCGACGAGACGGAUGCCAGACGAAUUUCUCCCGUUAAAAAAACAACCGCGAACAAGGCCGAAUCGGCCGAUUUUUGUCCCUAUGAAAUCGGCAAAAACGACGAAACGGAGCCGCGAUUCGCGCUCUGUAAUUCCGACGGUGAAUUCAAAUGCGACGGCGUCUGGAACGCCGAUCGCUGUGCCUACGGUGAAAGGCACUCCAUAAAUCCUUACCGAUCGUACGAGGAAUUAGUUCUCUUCUCUACAUGGAAUUUCGAUCACAGGAUCGAGAGAUCGAGAACUCUGAUACCGAAUCUGCUGCGAGCGUCUGAGGAAAAGGCGAUAAGUCGUCAGGAUGUUGUCAACCUCUACGAGAAUAUAUUCACGGUGAAAAAUCUUCGACUGGUGCACAUAGUUUGCCACGAUAAGGGAGCCCACAAAGUUCAAUGAGCGACGAGGAAUCGAGAGUAUUAAUAAUACGCAAGAAGGUCGGAGAGUUUAAU